GUUCAGAAUAUUGCCCAUCCCAGUUUCCGUCUUGUAACACAACACACGCCAAUUUGCACUUGUUCAGUUAUGGAAACGACAAGAACCGAGAUGACCAAUAGGCAGAGCGAAAACUCUGACUGCUCGCCCUGUUCGGCAAUCCCAAAUGGACGGGAAGAACAUCUCGCGCAAACGAAGGGCUUGUGCGACAACAGUUCACCGCAACCUGUCGCCCCACCCUCGACUCAGAAGAAGAAGAAGAAAAAGAAAUCCAAGAAGGCUGCCACCAAGAACGGCUCAAGUUCUGCUACCGGACAACCGCAGGUUGAUAACCUGACCGAAGCUGAACGUCCCCCGGUCCUCUGCAUCAGCAGGAACAAACACUGGAAAUACAUCAGCUCUUACCAUGGACCUUGGCUACAACUCCCACUCGAGUUGCUGGAAUCCCUACUCGUCUUGAAUCUGGACCCUGGCACUAUGUCUCCUCCAGAAGGUCAGCCUCUGCCUUUACCGCCAGUGCAGAACGGAAAUGCUCCGAAACGAGCCUCUGGCUUCCGCCCCCCUCCUCGCUCGGGUGAGUUUGACAGAGGAUUCCGGUCCCUCUCGGAUUAUACACCGCCUGACUCGCCGGGGGGUACAUUCCCCUCGUUGCCCUCCGUACACACGCUGCAUCCCUCACCACCCACAUUCCCAGUGUCUAUACCAGGAAGGCCUACGCCUCCACCUAUUGAUCCAGGUGUAUUUCGUAACGUAGCAGCAAUCAGGCGACUCAUCGACGAGGCAGCUGAACUAUCCGUGCGUGCAUCUUCUGGGCUUUCUGCGGCAGCUCUGGGCUCCAUGCGAAAUGGAGGGGGAAGCGCGUCUUGGGCUACUCAUGCCCUCGGUCUUGACGGUACAGGUAACGUCGGCGGUGGAAGAAAUGUUGCCAUGAGCGCGAUGCGUGUACACAGACUGCGGGCACUCGCCGUGCAAAAGCUUGCAGCGGCUUACAAAGCUGACGAGAUUGCCAGCAGCGUGAUGGUCAUGCAAGGCGGCAGUGUGUUCGACGAUAUUGCUGAAAGAGUUCUAAAACAUGAUCCUAACGAUCCCGAUGCGCGAUAUGUCCACUUCUUUCAUGAAAAGAUACCCUCUCGUGCGAACAGGCAGCUCACAGAAUCAACUACUACCCAGGUUUUGGAUGAACUCAUCGCUGCCUACCCUCAACGAUUGGAAUAUUUCAGGACCCGUGGCAUUGUCCACUGUUUUCGUGACGAGUACAUGCUCGCUGCCAAGGACUUCACGCAUGCCCUCAAGGAAGCCCGCUCCGUGCGCAAGGGCCGGACUGCUCACCGGACCGUUACCUCGCCGACAGAACCUCGCGGAAGGAGUGCCAAGCAAAAGAAAUGCUCAAAUAAAAGUCACGGACGGGCACCGCCAAAUGGGACGAGCGCAUCGGCAGACGCCUCUAAUAUUGAUGGCGGAGAGCCGCUUCUACAUGCAUCGGUUUUACCUGAUGCACCCGACCCCAUCGAGCCGCAGUUGUUGUUCUUGAGGGGCGCAGCUUAUUUACAACAGGCUGUUUAUCUUAUCGAGGCGGCUAUUCUCGGGCUCGAGGGCAUUGCAAAGACGACUUCAGCCGUCGAUGGUGCCGAGCUUCGACUUUGCUACCUGGCCAACGGCCGGUACGGAGGGGUUGAAGUUGGAAAUCCCGACGGACCACUGGGAAAAAGCGACGGUCCAAAAGCGCGUGCGUACAGACAGGUUCUCGCGGACGACGUCGCCCGUAACGAAAUCGAUGGCUACUUACGCAAGUGCAUCCGCGACCAUGAACGUUUCCUCUCCCACUUUGAUACCAUUGAGGGGCCAUCUCCUGUUCCAACCACAGAUUCGCCAGCUGAAUUGGCACGCAGGGUGGAGUUGGCAUAUCUGCUAACGGAAAUUGUACGGCCUGGAAAUCACAGUGCUGCAAGUCGUCCUUCUAUAGCAGAUUCCACCCUUCCUCUCGCUUUCACCACAUACCACCCUCUGAUAGUAGAGUCUCAUUUCAACAUUCUCAUUUGCCAAAUGAUGCUUGGAGAACUUGCCACCCUUGUGACGACCUUCGCAAGAACUGCGGUUAUCGUAGAUGGACUUGAGGGAUACCCUGUUUUCCUCCCUCCCAGAUCCAUGGCUCAAGCCGAGUUUAUCGAAGCCCUCGAGCGUCUUGCAGCCGGAUGGAAGGUUGGCGUUCUGCCACACUCGGCUAUGCAAGCAGACUCCCUGCGCAGCCGGGCAGAAAUCGAGGCACCCCCGCGAUCGCCAUCCACGUGCCUAAUUGAAGAGGCGUCAUUUUAUCCUGAAGAUAGUGACCCCUCUUUUCCAAUCGCAUCGUCGUCGACCCAAGGGAUCGCAACCCCGUCACCGCGCUCCCCUGAGCGUGACACGCCAACACCAUGUUCGUCUAGUGGGAGUCGCCGUAUCGAUCUCGUCGAGGCGCUCGACUGUGUGCGCAUGUUGCUUGCGCCUGUUGCUAGAAGGCAGAAGGAACGUGCUAGCAAAGCAGCAGCAGACAAAGCGUCGAACGGCAACAAGAAACCCCUUAAUAUCAAUAUCCCAUUACACGGUCCGCGGGUGGAGAUUAUCCUUGCUUGGUUCGCAGCGGUGCACUUAGUUGAAUUGGAAAGCGUUGCUUGAAUGAUUCCUCUGUCCGCAGCUGUAGCAUGUUGGGAUCAAUAUGAAUACGAGAGUUACGUGUGUUUCGGUUUAUUUCUAUGGAAAUGUUAUUAGGUGGGGAGU